AUGGCCCCCAGCCCACCAAGUCUCCUGCUGCUGUUGCUGCUCCGGUCCCUGGGGGCUGGCCCAGCCCUGGGCAGGGACCUUCGCGGGCCACUCGAGGACUCACAGUUCUACCUGAUCCCAUCCGGGCCUCAGGAUCAUGACCGGAACGCCAGAGAUGAGAGCAUCUGGCAUUCAGACAGCCCCCAGAUGCCCACGGAAGGCCCCAAGAGGCCUGCAGACCCUCCCCUGAGCCCAGCCCUGCAUGGACCCAAGGCAGCCCACAGGGCCUGGGGAGAACGGCUCCCUGCACCCGAUGACCUCCAGCUGCCUCGGGGUCCCAGCUCCCAGGGCUGGACUGGACACCCUGACUCACAGGAGCCUCUGGAAGCCGCAGCCCAGGUGUCCCUCCUGCUGGCCCCCCCACACCCUGCCUUUAUCCCCACAAACUCCACGCCUCUGUUCAGGGUGCCCACAGCUGCUCCCUUCACACAGGAGCCUGGCGGCCCAGUGGAACAGCACCCUCCAAGAGAUGAGCGUCUGAAGGCCAAGGCCGGGGCUCCACGGGCACCGCCCGGGGCCAGGUGGCCAGUGCCGGGGGAACAGGGUGGGCAUGAGGAGGACUUCCAGGAGGCAGCCCAACCUCCCCUCUCCACGCAGCAGGAUCCAGCACCCCCAGUUGAGAUGAUGCCCCCUCAGGGGCCUGGGGCCCAGCCAGACCUGGCGUUGGCAAGAAGCCUUCCUCCUGCUGAGGAGCUGCCCCUUGAGCCCCCCAAAACGGGUGGAGCUGCAGAGGCCUGGGAAGUCAGCUCCCCGGGGCCUCAGCCCAAGCGGCCGGACCUCUCUGAUGUUCAGGACGGCACGGAACCCCAGCCCACAUCUCCAGCCUCACUGGCUCCCAGUGGGCAGCCAAAGCCAGCAAUCGCACCGAUGAACGGAGUGGACCCCAUCUCUCCUCAGCGCGUGAGAGGCGCAGUGGAGGCCCCAGGCACCUCCAAGUCCCUCCUCCCUCAUCUCUCAGACCCCCACCCAGCCACAAACCGAACAGAGAGCCCUGUGGGGGCACCGCAGCCAGACGAAGCCGAGGAGUGGCCCGGGCGCCCCCAAAGCCAUCCCCCAGCACCCCCAGUCCAGGCCCCCUCGACCUCUCGCCGCGGCCUCAUCCGAGUGACCACCCAGCGAGCCCUGGGCCAGCCGCUCCAGCCCGAGCCCUCGGCCAGCUCCACGGCUCCCGCCCCGGCCUCCAGCCCCCCGGCCAAUGCCACGGCGCCACCGCUGCGCUGGGGGCCCCUCCGGCGGGUGCUGAGCUUCUCCUGGGAGCUGCACGUCUACGGGGUGGGGGUGCUCUUCCUGCUGCCCGCCCUGCUGGCCCUGGCCACGCUGGCGGCCGCCCUGGCCGGGCCCCGGCUGGCGCUGGCGGCCGCGGCGCUGGUGCUGGUGGCGUCGGGGCUCCGGUCGGUGUACAUGCUCACCGAUCCGUACGGCUCGCAGGCGCGGCUGGGCCUCCGUGCCGGCCUGGUGCUCUACAACCUGCCCUUCCCGUUGCUGCUCACGGCGCUGGCGGCCCUGGCCCUGCUGGGCCUGGGCGCGGGGCUGCCGCCGGCGCUGCGCCGGCCGCUGCUGCUGGGGGCCGCGGCGUCGGUGCACGGCGCGGCCCUGCUGGCCGCCGACCUGCUCUCGCCCAGGCCGCUGCUCAACCUGCUGGCGCAGGGCCUCUCGUGCGCGUGGGGCGCGUCGGUGGCGCUGGGCACGCUGUGCCUGUGCCGCCGCCGCCUGCUGGCCGGGCCGCGCGGCGGGGACGCCAGGCCGGGCCCGCGGCUGCUGGCCGUGGCCGGCGCGCUGGGGCUGCUGGCCAGCGGCCUGCAGCUGGCGGCCGCGCUCUGGCUGUACCCGGGCCCCGGCCGCGAGGGCCGCUUCUCCUGGGCCUGGUGGGGCGUGCACUUCUGGCUGCGCCUGCUGGAGCUCGGCUGGGCGCUGGCGCUGGCGCUGGCCGCGCUGGCCGCCGCGCGGCCCCGGCCGCCCACCGAGCACGCGUGCUGGGCCAAGCUGCUGCGCCUGGCCUGCCCCGCGCCGUCGGGCAAGAGCGAGGUGCCCGAGCGACCCAACAACUGCUACGCGGGGCCCAGCGGCCUGGGCGGCCCGGACAUCAGCAAGAGCCUCAUCCGCAACCCGGCGGAGGCCGGGCCGCCCGCCGCGCCCGGCGCCGGUGCCUGGGGCUCGGCCGCAUCGCUGGGUCGCGGCCGCCCGGGGGGCCCGGGCCUGUCCCGCGGCAGCGUGGGGCCGGCGCCGUCGCUGAGCGAGCUGGACCUGCGGCCGCCGUCGCCCAUCAACCUGAGCCGCAGCAUCGACGCGGCGCUCUUCCGCGAGCACCUGGUGCGAGACAGCGUGUUCCGGCGCUGCGGCCUGCGCGGCCUGGCCUCCCCGCCGCCGGGGGGCGCGCUGCGGCCGCGCCGGGGCAGCCACCCCGACGCCGACCUCGAGGGCGCCGGUCCUCUGCGCCUGCGCGGACGCUGCCGCUCGCUCAGCGAUGUGCGCGUGCGCGGGCCCGUGCCGCAGCACGUGGCGGACGAGACCGAGCGGACGGCCGCGUGCUCCGGCAGCUCGCUCGACAGCUACUCCCGGGGCUCCCUCAAGAUCAGCUGGAACCCGUGGCGCCACGGGCUGUCGUCGGUGGACAGUCUGCCUCUAGACGAACUGCCCAGCACGGUGCAGCUACUGCCGGCACCCACCCCAGCGCCCGCCCCGGCUGGGCCCCGGGAGCCCCGGGAGCCCCAGGAGCCCCAGGGCCGGGCCCAGCCGCGCUGCAAACCCGGGGACUCGCGCAGCGCCUCCAGCGACACCAUCGAGCUCUGA